ACCAUGUCCCUCGAAGCCAAGGAGGCCCGGAGGCGGCGUAGCAGUAGUCUUGUCUACAAGGAGCCGCCCGAGUCGCUCGAGCAGCUGAGCGACCAGGCCGCGCUGCCCAACCUGAACGCCGAGUGGGUCAACGCAAAGGGCGCAUGGGCAAUCCACUUCGUCCUGAUUUUCAUCGGCAAGAUCCUCUUCGACAUCAUCCCCGGCAUGUCGCAGGAGACGUCCUGGACCCUCGUUAACCUCUCGUACAUGGCCGGCUCCUACCUCAUGUUCCACUACGUGCGCGGCGUGCCCUUUGACUUCAACUCGGGCGCCUACGACAACCUCAACAUGUGGGAGCAGAUUGAUAACGGCGACCAGUACACCCCGGCCAAGAAGUUCCUUCUGUUCGUGCCCAUUGCGUUAUUCCUUGUUAGCACCCAUUACACACAUUACGACAGCACCUAUUUCAUCGUCAACUGCCUGGCCACCAUAGCCGUCGUCAUUCCCAAGCUACCCUCGCUACACAGGUUACGAGUUUCCUUUUUCAACUCUCCCCCAGACCACAUAUAGCCACACCAGUCACCACACUCGCAUUCGUUUGGUUGGAUUCGUAGCAUGUAUUUCUCACCGCAUCCUCCGAGACUCGCCUUUGUUCGGUUGGAUUCGCAGCAUGUAUUUCCCACAUCCGCCGAGACUCGCCUUUGCUCGGUUGGAUUUGCAGCAUGUAUUUCCCACAUCCGCCGAGACUCGCCUUUGCUCGGUUGGAUUCGCAGCAUGUAUUUUUAACCACAUCGUCCGCAUACCCGCGAACAGACUGAGUUGCAUUCUCGGCGGACCGGCGUUUGGGGGCCUUUUCUCUUGCGAAAGCACGGCGCUUUGAUACAAAAGGUAGCGAUCUCGCAGUCACGUGCUAUAUAUGCAGCGACUUUGUAAUAUCAAUCAUAGGCUCGUUGAACAUCCCA